UCUUAUGAUAAAAAAUAUGUUUGUUCUCUCUAAGCGUUUCUAGUUCUUUCUCCAAGAACAUUGAUGUAUUCAUAUUGUUUUUGUCGACCGUUUUAACAUUGCACGAAAAUGAAUUACGGGACGGUGACUGCCUUUAUCAGAUACAUGUUGGCCUUAUCAAUCAGUUUCCGGUACUCAUUCCUGCAAGCUGCGGCUGACGAAUGUGUGCUGGAUAUGAGAACUCCGUUGUCUUGGAAUGAGUCGAACGUUGUGGGAGGGAACUGGGGUGGAUUUCUGAGCAAUAAUAGCUGUGGAUCACCAUUUGAACAGUAUUUGUAUGCAAUGGCCAAGAAAGCCAAUGUUACGGGAGAGAUAUUCUUGAAUGUAACAGAGCAAAAGGCUUGUUUGAGUACAGUAAACACAGCUGAGAAGGAUGUUUUCAGCUGUGGUAUGGGGAGGCUAACGAGCGGUGCCGGAGGCUGCUCUGAUUACUCUGUGAUAGACGUCAUUUCUAAACUCGGAAAUGAAUUGCAGACAUUAGACGGAAACUGCAAGAAUUUGGACUCAAAGAGAGAAUCAGAUGAAGAAUGCAGCUCUUGUUUAAGGAGGUGGGAAGAGAUGGCUGGAUCAGGUAACUCUAGCAAUGGCUUAAUCAGAGAGGAAGCCGACGUCUGUAGGUUUUCGGUGCUUGUCUCGUUGACGAGCCGAAGAGUUAAUGAGAUUGGAUGGAUCAAGUCAAUCUACACAUGCCUUGGAAAUGGACGUCCCAUAGCAGCUGAUAAGGCAACAGAAGGAAAGAAGAUAACAUUCAUUAUAGCUACAGGUCUUGAAGUCCUGGUCGGCGGCGUGGGGGGCAUUUCAGUAAUAGCAGCUCUUGUUUGCCUGUUCUUGUUCAGAAAGACAACUAAGACAAUUCCUCCUAAAGGAACUUAUGCACGAGACGGCUCGUUUUCUAAAGAACCUAGCAGCGUUGAGAUCUCUCUUAAAGAAGUUCUUUUAGCCACAAACCACCUCAGUGCAUCAAACUUCAUUGGUCAGGGUGUAGCAGGGAAAGUAUAUAAGGGCAUUCUGUCAAACGGUCAUCGAAUCGCAGUAAAGCACAUAACAAACGACGGCCACAUGGAAACGUUCGUUAGAGAAGUCACAAGUUUAUCGCACGUCAAACACCCAAAUCUUGUCGAGUUAUUAGGCCAUUGUGAUGGAGAAGAUGAGAGCUUUCUUGUUUAUGAACUCUGUGACAAUGGAAACCUCUCAGAAUGGCUGUUUGGUAAACAGAAGUCCUUAACUUGGAUCCAACGGGUGGAUAUCGCAAUAGACUCCGCCAGGGGACUCUGUUUUCUCCAUACAUAUCCUGAUGGCUGCAUUGUCCAUCGAGAUGUUAAGCCCACAAACAUCCUUCUGGGCACCAACUUCCGGGCCAAACUAUCCGACUUCGGACUAUCAAAAGUCAUCUGCAUGGGGCUUUCCUACGUCAGCUCCGAGGUACGAGGAACAUUCGGCUACGUCGACCCGGAAUACCAAAAGAACCGCCACGUCCAUUCUUCGACCGACGUCUACAGCUUUGGAAUAGUUCUUCUCCAACUUCUGUCGGGACAAAGGGUCAUCAAUCUUGAAGCCACCAGACCAAUACCUCUGAGCAAAAUGGCUAAGAAUCUCGGACGAGGAGGGGAUGUAACGGAGUUCGCAGAUCCGAAGCUUAACGAGGAGUAUUCGGUUGAGGGUUUUCGAGUGAUGUUCAGGCUAGCUUUGUCAUGCACUGGGCUGAAGCAACAACGGCCGUCCAUGGAGAAAGUGGUGGCCGUGCUGGAGGAAGCCCGCCGCGUUUCGGAGACAGUCGCGAGUCUCGAUUUUUCAGUACAGUCGACCGAAAAACCGGGUUUUGUCGUGUCGCGAUAAAUGUAUUAUAAUUGUAGUGUAAUUUUUUUAAAAAAUAAAUGGUUAAUUACAAAGGUUUACAAUUAGAUCCUUUUACUUUGUAAUAUGAGUUAUUUAGGUG